AUGUUGGAAGAAUUCUGCAAUUCUACCUUCUGGAAUGAUUCAUUCCUGGACCGUCCAGAUGCUGACCUUCCUCUGUGCUUUGAGCAAACUGUUCUGGUCUGGAUACCUCUGGGCUUCCUUUGGUUUUUCACUCCUUGGCAUUUGUUCCAUAUAUAUAAAUCCAGAACCAAAAAGUCAUCUUUAACCAAGCUCUACCUCACAAAGCAGGUGCUUGUUGGGUUGCUCCUAAUUACAUCAGUCAUCGAACUAGCCUUCAUCCUUGCUGAGAUCUCAGAAGGGACAAUUCAUCCUGCUGUUCAGUAUACUAAUCCAUGUCUCUACAUAGCCACCUGGCUCCUAGUUUUGGUGAUCCACCACUGUAGAAGAUGGUGUGUGAAGAAGGACUCUUGGUUGCUGUUUAUGUUCUGGAUUCUCUCUCUGGUCUGUGGGGUUUUCCAGUUCCAGACUCUUCUCCGGAUUCUCUUAAAGGGAAACAACCACAAUCUUGUUGGAUCCUGCCUGUACUUCAUCUCCUAUGGUAUUCAGGUCCUAAGUGUGAUUACUUCAGCCAUUUCAGAGAUUACUCCAGAGGCCAAAGCAUCAUCAAAUAAUCCAUCUACCACGGCUUCAUUUCUUAGUUCCGUCACCUUUAGUUGGUUCGACAGUAUUGUUGUGAAAGGCUAUAAAAAGCCUUUGACACUGGAAGACAUCUGGGAUUUGAAUGAACAACAAAAAACCCAAGUCAUCUCGAAGACAUUUGCAAAGCACAUGGCAGUAGAGAUCAAGAAGGCCAGGCGGGAGUUGCAGAAGCGGUGCCAGAAGAGGAAAUCCCGGGAGAUGUCUGAAGUCAGGAUGAAUGGUCCAAGCACUAGUAGGAGUCAAGACAACCUUGUGUUGGAAGAUGUGAAACAGAAAAAUAAGAAGAAAGACUCAACAUCUGAAACCAAGCAAGACUAUGCCAAGUCCUGGUUGGUCAAAACGCUGUUUAAAACUUUCCGUGGUAUUUUCUUUAAGUCCUUCGUAUACAAGCUGAUUCAAGACAUCCUGACAUUUCUCAGUCCUCUGCUCUUAAAGAUGAUGAUCUCAUUUGCCAGUAACCCCUCAUCAUAUGUGUGGCAUGGAUACAUCUGUUCCGUCCUCUUCUUCGUGGUGGCCCUCAUCCAAUCCUUCUGCCUUCAGUGGUAUUUUCAGUAUUGCUUCAUCCUGGGCAUGAGUGUGCGAACAACCCUCAUGGCUUCCAUUUAUAGGAAGACACUGACCAUCUCCAACAAUGCCAGGAAGCAGUACACUAUUGGGGAAACAGUAAACCUGAUGUCUGUGGAUUCCCAGCGAUUUAUGGAUGUGACCAAUUUUCUUCAUCUGUUAUGGUCAUGCCCUUUUCAGAUUGUAUUGUCCAUUGUCUUCUUGUGGCUAGAGCUGGGACCCUCUGUCCUUGCAGGUGUUGGGAUAAUGGUAUUGCUAAUCCCUAUUAAUGCACUGCUGGCCACCAAAAGCAGAAAAAUUCAGGUAAAGAACAUGAAGAACAAAGAUAGCCGCCUGAAAAUCAUGAAUGAGAUUCUCAGUGGAAUAAAGAUCCUAAAAUACUUUGCCUGGGAGCCUUCAUUCAUAGAUCAUAUCCAGGGGAUUCGAAAGAAGGAGCUGAAGAACUUGCUGUCAUUUGCUAAACUGCAGUCUAUUAGUGUAUUCAUCUUCAACAUGGCUCCUGUUCUGGUGUCAGUAAUAACAUUUGCCGUCUAUGUUCUGGUGGAUGAGAACAAUAUUUUGGAUGCACAAAAGGCUUUCACUUCUAUCACUCUCUUCAAUAUAUUGCGCUUCCCCCUAGCCAUGCUCCCAAUGAUGAUUUCUUCCAUACUCCAGGUUAGUGUUUCCACUGAGCGCUUGGAAAAGUACUUAUCUGGAGAUGACUUGGAUACAUCCAGCAUUCGAUGGGAUGUCCAUUCUGAUAAAGCUAUUAAGUUCUCCGAGGCUUCCUUUACCUGGGGAACAGGGACAGACCCAGUUGUUCAAAAUAUAACUCUGGACAUUAAGACAGGCCAACUGGUAGCUGUGGUGGGGGCUGUUGGCUCUGGAAAAUCCUCCCUGAUAUCAGCCAUGUUGGGAGAAAUGGAGCCCAUCCAUGGGCAAAUCACUAUCAAGGGCUCCAUAGCCUACGUCCCUCAGCAGUCAUGGAUCCAAAAUGGUACUUUAAGAGACAAUGUUCUGUUUGGAUCCCAAUGGGAUGAAAAAAGGUACUGGCAGGUUCUAGAGGCCUGUGCUCUGCUCCCGGACUUGAAAAUCCUGCCUGGAGGGGAUCUUGCUGAAAUCGGAGAGAAGGGCACAAACCUCAGCGGAGGGCAGAAGCAGCGUGUCAGCCUAGCCAGAGCUGUCUACAACAACUCAGACAUCUACAUCUUGGACGAUCCCCUCUCGGCCGUAGAUGCUCAUGUAGGGAAGCAUAUUUUCAACAAGGUCAUUGGCCCAAAUGGGCUACUGAAGGACAAGACUCGACUCUUGGUGACACAUGGGAUUCACUUCCUUCCCCAAGUGGAUGAGAUUGUGGUUAUGGCGAACGGCGUCCUAAUGGAAAAAGGAUCCUACAACACUCUGCUGGCUAACAGAGGAACAUUUGCCAAGAAUCUGAAGCUCUAUGCCAGACAGGACAGCUCAGAAAAAGAGGCCACAGUUCAUGAUGGAGGUGAAAGUGAAGAUGAAGAUGACCUUGAACUAAUGCCAAAUAUGGAAGAAAUUCCAAGUGAGGCAGUCUCCUUGACCUUAAAAAGAGAGAGUAACUUUCAACGAUCGCUCAGUCGAAGAUCCAGGUCUGACAGCAACAAACAUCAGAGGUCCCUCCGAAAUUCCCUAAAAGUUCAUGAUAUGAAGUCAAAGCAAAAAGAAAAUGAAGAGAUGGUGAAAGGACAGAAACUAAUUGAGAAAGAAGUGAUGGAAACUGGAAAGGUGAAGUUUUCCAUAUACCUGAAGUAUCUGAGUGCAGCAGGAUGGUGUUCUAUCGUCUUAAUCCUCCUUGCUUACGUGGCAAAUUCUGCGGCUUUCAUGGGAUCCAAUUUCUGGCUCACUGAAUGGACCACUGAUUCCUAUACCUACGCAAAUCAAACCUAUCCAAACUCUCAGAGAGACUUGAGAAUUUCCAUCUAUGGAGUUCUAGGAUUUGUUCAAGGUUUCUUUGUGCUUUUGGCAACUCUUAUGGCUGCCUAUAGCGCCACACAUGCUUCGCAAAUCCUGCACAUGCAGCUACUAAACAACAUCCUUCGGACACCCAUGAGCUUUUUUGACACAACACCCACAGGCAGGAUUGUGAACAGGUUUGCUAAUGAUAUUUCUACAGUGGAUGACACCAUACCUAUGUCCUUCCGAAGUUGGAUCAUGUGCUUCUUAGGCAUCAUCAGUACCAUUGUCAUGAUCUGUGUGGCUACUCCAGUUUUCAUCGUUGUCAUCAUUCCUCUGGCCGUCAUUUAUAUAUUUGUACAGAGAUUCUACGUGGCCACCUCCCGCCAGCUGAGACGUCUAGAUUCUGUCACCAAGUCUCCAAUAUACUCCCACUUCAGUGAAACAGUGACGGGUUUGCCAAUAAUCAGGGCUUUUGAGCAUCAACAACGUUUUCUAAAGCAGAGUGAAGGCAUCAUCGAUACCAACCAGAAAUGUGUCUUUUCCUGGAUUAUUUCCAAUAGGUGGCUGGCAGUUAGAUUGGAACUGGUUGGGAACCUGGUGGUAUUCUUUUCUGCUUUGCUGAUGGUCAUUUACAGAGACACCCUGAAAGGAGACAUGGUGGGCUUGGUGCUUUCCAACGCUCUCAAUAUCACACAGACUCUGAACUGGUUGGUGAGGAUGACUUCUGAACUGGAGACCAACAUUGUGUCUGUUGAGCGCAUAAAUGAGUACAUCAAAGUAAAAAAUGAGGCACCCUGGGUAACGGACAAGAGGCCUCCAGAUGACUGGCCCAGCAAAGGAGAGAUCCAGUUCACUGAUUACAAAGUACGCUAUCGCCCAGAGCUGGACCUGAUAUUGCACGGCAUUACCUGUAACAUUGAGGGUACUGAGAAGAUUGGCGUAGUGGGCAGGACAGGGGCUGGGAAAUCAUCUCUUACCAACUGCCUCUUCAGAAUCUUAGAAGCUGCAGAAGGUCAGAUUACAAUUGACGGACUAGAUAUUGCCUCCAUUGGGCUCCAUGAUCUCCGAAACAAACUGACAAUCAUCCCUCAGGAUCCCAUCCUGUUCUCUGGCACUCUGAGGAUGAAUUUGGAUCCUUUCAACAAAUACUCAGAUGAAGAGGUCUGGAAGGCCCUGGAAUUGGCUCACCUGAAGCCCUACGUGGCUGGCCUGCCACAGGGUCUGUCCUAUGAAGUGAGUGAGGCUGGUGACAACUUUAGCAUAGGGCAGAGACAACUUCUGUGCCUGGCUCGUGCUCUGCUUCGGAAAUCAAAGAUUCUCAUCAUGGAUGAGGCCACCGCUGCUGUGGAUCUUGAAACAGAUAACCUAAUUCAGGGCACAAUCCGGAAGGAGUUCUCCAACUGUACAGUCAUCACCAUUGCCCAUCGCCUCCACACUAUCAUGGAUAGUGACAAGGUUAUGGUAUUGGAUAGAGGGAAGAUUAUAGAGUAUGACAGUCCUGAAAAACUACUCCAGAGGACUGGUCCCUUUUACUUCAUGGCCAAGGAUGCUGGCAUUGAAAAUUUGAACACAGCACUUUAGCCUCAUGCAAGUGGCACAAAGCUGUACAAAGGACACUGGCUUCUAAGCUGGACCAUCUGGAUCUUCGCCAAGUCUGUCUGUUGGUCAUCCCAUGGGGCUGAAGCAGUGGAAUCCAUAUAUUUGGCCCUGGACCUUUUAUGUUGGUUUUAAGACCAUCUUAAAACUUCUAGAACAUACAGAAGGGAUCAGAAGUGAAGGAUGAUUGAUACCUUUGGUGAUACCUGCUGUAGAAGAACACUGAGUAACACCUCAAAGACAAUAUUUGUUUCUUUUUUGACCACAGUGCCUAGCAAGCUGUAGGUACUUAAUGAAUGUCUCUUGAUUUAUGGAGGUGUCGGCCUCCCUGUUUUACAAAUGUUAAAAAUUUUGAGAACCCAUUUGUUGCCUUUUAGUGCAGGAUGCUCCUCUGUCCUGAUUUAGUGCCUUUAAAAAUGGCAAAUGACUUCACAGGGAGGGAUGAGGAGGGGGAGAAUUUGGAACUCCAAAUGCUUUUUAAAUGU